AUGUCCGAGAAGAAAAUAGAACAAUGGGAAGUCGAGAGAUACUGGGAGAUCUUCUCUUCGCUCUCCAAUGGCCAACCACACCUGAACAACGCGCAGGCCGCGACAGUCCUAAGGAACAGCCGAUUACGAGACGACCAACUGGAAAAGGUGUGGGAUUUAGCAGAUGUUGACGGAGAUGGCGAGUUGGAUUUUGAAGAGUUUUGCGUGGCUAUGAGGCUUAUUUUUGAUCUUGUGAAUGGGGAACCAUCGCGGGGAGAUAACAUGUGGGUAUCACUUAUGAAUCCUCGCCAUAUCCUUCUAAUACAGCCGCUGACAUUCGAUGCCCUCCUUCCAACUCCAGUCGACUCCCUCCAACCCCUGUACGACUCCCUUGCCGUACCCGACACCGACAUCCGCUCCGCCUGGAACCUCGUCAACCCCUCUGCCUCCUCCACGAUCUCCAAAGAUGCCACCCUCGCCUUCCUCCACAUCCUGAACAACAGACAUGAGGGCUACCGUAUCCCGCGUACCGUGCCCGCUUCGCUUCGCGCUUCUUUCGAAUCCAACAAAAUCGACUACCAACUCGACAACGUCCGCCCGGCUCAGCGGUGGGGUGCUGACACAGAUGUGGAUACCAGCACAGGCCGUAAAGCUAAAUUUGGUGACGCUUAUCUCAGUCGGUUAGGCGUUGGCGGACGAACUACAUACCGCCCGCAGGGAACGGAUUUCAGCAACACCAUACAGGAUCAGGAGUGGGAGAAAGUACGGCUACGGCGGGAGCUAGCGGAGUUGGAAAAGAAGCUGGAGGCUGCUGACGGCGCGAUGGAGUCGAGGAAAGGUGGAGGUGGCUCUGUCAAUGGUGGGCCCAAUUGGACACUCAUCAAGAAGGAGGCGUUGCAGUUGCUGGAAUAUAAAGAAAGGGAGUUGCGAGAGCUUAGAGAGGGGACAGGUAAGGUCAAAGAAGGGGAGAGCCUGGAGAGGUUGAGGGAGGAUGUUAAGACGGUUGGCGACCAGGUGGAAGGCUUGAGGGCACAUUUGGCGAAGAGGAAUGAGACAUUGACUGAGUUAAAGGAUCAGAUUCGGGAGGAGAAACGGAGUCGGUGA